AUGAAUCCAGAAGAACAAGCUCAAUUUGUACCUGAAGCCCCUGAAGUUUUUAAUGACAGUUUUGAACACUCUAACGUUGAUGAAGUUGCACCAUUCGAUCAAUCUGCCGACAUGCUGAAUAUAGGAGAAGUUAAUGCUGACGUAAUCCCCGACUUAGGAGAUGUAGCCACUGAUGAUGGUGUCGUAGAUUUAGCUGAUUUAUCCGAAGAUGUUGUUGCCGAUUUGGCCGACUUACCUGAUGAAAACAUUACAGAUGUAAAUGCUGAGGGAUCUGCAGAAUUUGGAGCCGAUGGUGAAGUCCUAGGAAACCCAGAAAAUCCAGAAGAACCCAUCUUACCACCACCUAAUCUGGAUGAAAUGUUCAGUGAAGAAUCCAUUAGAAAAUUAAGAGAAGCCAUUGAAAACUCACCAUGCUACCAAC